AUGUCCGGUGUGUGGAUAUUCGACAAGAAUGGCGUGGCUCGCUUGAUAAGCAACCCUACAAGAGAGUCUUUCGAGCAAAAAGAGCCACCUUCUCCUGGCACAGCUACGGCACCAGGGGCUCGACCGAGAGUCCUUGUCUAUCUUCCAACCAACCAAGUCAUUCGCUCAUACACUGAGCUCGAACAAAGACUCACCGAACUUGGUUGGACUCGUUACCCUAACUCCAGUCAGCCAAACCUCAUCCAAUUCCACAAGUCUGAUCACUCUGCCGAUCUCAUCUCUCUCCCUAAAAAUUUCUCCAACUUCAAGUCUAUUCACAUGUAUGAUAUUGUCGUUAAGAAUCGCUCUUUCUUUGAAGUUCGUGACCCUUCAGCAAAGGACUAG